AGAGAGAGAGAGAAAAUUUGAAUCCGUUUCAACGAAUGAACGGGUCGGCGAACAAACGGAUAGACGGAUAGACGGACAGACGAACGAAUGAUCGUUGGUAAGAUCCAACAUCGACGACGUUGACGAAGAGGCGAAGACGACGCACCGGCGCACCGGCGGUAGCCGAUGCUGGUGGUGCUGCUGGCACGUCUCGAUACCGUCUCUCUCUCUCUCUCUCUCUCUCUCUUUCCCUCGACCGAGAGCUUUCAGUUCUUCGUCAUCCGUCGUCUUCGACGCGAAGAAAGUGCGUCCGUCUCUCUUUCGCGAAGCGCGCGCAAGAUAGUCUCGCUAAGAUCGGUGUGACGUUCGUCAUAACGCCGGCAUUAACAGUUGACGCACCCGCCACUUCCUAGUAUACAUUCCCAAAAGCAGAAUAGUUUUGAAAGAAGAAGGAAAAAAGCGAAUUAAAUUUAUAGUUUAUCGAUCGAGCUUCGUCGGGUAUAACAAGUUCGAAAGAUAAUCGAGAAACAUAGAGAGCGCGAGCGAGAAAGAGAGAGAAAGAAAGAGGCACAUUCCGAGCGGAUCACGGAUGCUUAUAGAAGCGUUGCGUAACGGCGUCAGACGAACAGCGAAAUUGCGGCGGCUGCGGCAGCAGCAGCAGCGGCUACCGAAGCGCGUCGAGCUUCGAUAAGAUCGAAGGAAAUUCUAGAUCCUCUUACGGUAUCCAUUCGCGGAUACGAAAAACGAAGAAAGUUAGGGGAAGGAAAAGGAGAAGGUGGAGAAAAGAUUCUGUGUGCGUUAAAAGUGGAUCGUUGAGGUGUCACAGAGACCAGAAUCGGAUACAAGGUGUCCUCGUGAUCUCGAUCAGGGAUCAAGAGAGGAGAAGAGCCUGGCCGCGUGUGAGAGUGCGCGAGUGAGUGAGUGAGUGAGUGAGUGAGUGAGCGACGACCUACCGUCGAAGAACUCGUUAAAAAAAAGUUAAAAGUUGCUAGGGUACGUUGGUUGGAUCGCUCGAGGGCUUCGUAACAAGACAGGUAGAGAGAUUGGGGAUGGUAGAGACGAGGAUAAGAACAAGCUGUUCCGUAGAGAAAGAGAGAGAGAGAUCCUUUCGGUCGUAUCGAUUCUGGUGUCUCGAAACGUUUCAAGGCCAAUCUCCGUCUCUCGAUCUACACUUAUUCGCGCGUGCACACACAUACACACAGGCGCUCGCGCGCGCGCACGUACACGUAGACACACGUACACACGCGCGCAUACUCGCACACGGGCACACGUACAUGCAUAGACACACACGUACGAGCACGCGUACACGUACAGUUGUCAUUUUCGAAUUUGGUCCGGAUCGAUCGGUCUUACUUCGCGCUCGAAAUCGCAUUCGAUAAUCUCGUACGAUCAGAAUGAUUUCGCUCGAGCUCUUCUCCCGCGUGAUUAAUAGCCUCCACCUGAUUGCGAGGGUCCCUGCUAUAAGAUCGGUGAAUCCAACGCUUCAUUAUUAUAUAAUUUUCUCACUUUUUCGAAUAGAAUAGAAUUGGUCGAGAUUCGAGGAACCGAUCCAACGAAACCGCACGACGACCGAACGUAAGUAAUAGCGAGGAAGGGAGGUAAAAGGUGUUUCUCAGGUGUAGGGAUCAACGGGUGGUUCGUUCGGUGAUUCUACAGGGAUUUAACGAGUUUGGCCAGGAGGACCAAGAGAAGGAUAGAGGAAAAGAAGAAAGAGGAGAAAGGAAAGAGGGGAUAGCGAUAGUAGUAUUAGUGCUAAUAGGUGUUGGUGGUGGUGGAGGUGGAGAAGGAUGGAGCAACGUCCAAGGAGACGGGGAGUAUACGGACGUUGCUGACGAGGAAGGAGCGAGAAGAGGAGGGGGAGGGGCAGUGGAAAAAGAAGAAGAGGAAGAAGAAGAAGAGGAAGAAGGAGAGAGGAAGUGGACGACGACGAAGAGAACGAAAGCGACGAAAUUGAAGAGACGAACGACGGUGCGUGCGACACCCACGAGACAUGCAGCAACAGCAACAGUCCGGACAACAGCAACAGCAAUCCGGAGCACCGAACGGGGUGGCGGGUGGUGCCCAAUUGCCUCAAACAGGUGGUGUUAGUCCUGCUCAGCCUGGCGCUACUGGCACGGCUACCUCGAGGCCACAGGUGAACGGUGGUAGAUUCGACUUCGACGAUGGUGGUACUUAUUGCGGCGGCUGGGAGGAUGGCAAGGCUCAUGGACACGGUGUUUGUACCGGACCCAAGGGACAGGGUGCUUACUCCGGUAGCUGGCAUUACGGUUUCGAGGUCUCUGGAGUUUACACUUGGCCGAGUGGCUCGGCUUACGAGGGACAAUGGCAGAACGGCAAAAGGCACGGCCUCGGCAUGGAAACCCGCGGACGUUGGAUAUAUCGUGGAGAAUGGACUCAGGGAUUCAAGGGACGUUACGGUGUCAGACAAUCUACCACAUCUACGGCGAGGUACGAAGGUACAUGGGCCAGUGGUCUUCAAGAUGGUUACGGUUCCGAGACUUACGCCGACAGCGGUACUUAUCAAGGACAAUGGCUUCGAGGUAUGAGACACGGAUAUGGAGUAAGAGCCAGUGCACCUUUUGGUUUGGCGAGUCACUACAAACCACCGAAGCAAGUAAGAGCGUCCUUGACGUCCCUGAGAAGCGCGGAUGUGGGUCCAGCGGUUGCACCAACACCUGAUCCGACCGACAGGAGAGAUCGUCGAGUAGACGAUAGCAGAGGAGGCUUCGUAUUGAAGGCCAGGAGCGACGAUCCCCCAGCUCGAAGAAAGAGUUUAACGGAGAAGUCUUUGAAGAAGGGAAUUCUUUCGGGCUUGAAGAUCCGAAAACAGAAGAGCACGGGUGAUUUAGAGAAACGUGGAACGGGAGGAAGUAUUCGAAGUAACGCUAGUUCAGCCUCAUGGAUGUCGACCGAGAGUUCACAGAGUCAAGCUUCAGCGUCCGUCCAUACUGACAGUAACGCGUCUUUUGUCAUCGAGGACGAACAGAUGGACGCCUCUGUAAUCGAGACGUAUCUUGGCGAAUGGAAGAACGACAAGAGAACUGGUUUCGGUAUAUCGGAGAGGAGCGACGGUUUGCGAUACGAAGGCGAGUGGUUCAACAAUCGAAAGUACGGUUACGGUGUGACGACCUUUCGGGAUGGUACCAAGGAGGAAGGAAAGUACAAGAACAACGUGCUGAUUACCAGCCAAAAGAAAAAGCAUCUGUUUCUGAUCAGAUCGGCGAAAUUUCGUGAGAGGAUAGAAGCUGCCGUGAACGCAGCCCAAAGAGCGAGCAAGAUAGCGCUGCAAAAGGCUGACAUCGCCAUCUCGAGGACGGCAACGGCCCGAGGAAAAGCCGAAUCAGCGGACAACGCUGCCGAUCACGCGAGAGAAGAUUCCGAGUUGGCCCAACAAACGGCCAGACAGUUCGCUCCGGAUUUCAGGCAGCCCGGUUUGGAGAGACUUAAGAAUCGAGAAAUUCCGAAAUACGUGCCACCGCCGCAGGACACUGUGCCUGGUAAAAGUAUACUCCAUAAAAGCACGACGUUGGACCAAACUGGAUCGACGCCUUCGAAGACAGGAAUUUCGAACGUCGAUUCGACCGCGACGACGACUACGACAACGACGACGACGACGACAGCAACAACGACGAUGUCAUCGACGUCGAUGACAGCCAGCAACGUGAUGCAGUCGAUCAGAAGAGCUAGCAUGAAGCCGCAGAACAUGAUGCAGAAUCAAUUACCUAAUCAGACUUCGCCGAAUCAGCUUUCGAAUCAGAUUCCGCAGCAAAUGGUCAACGCUCAAACUUCUCUUCCGAUGCAAAACCCCUACCAGACGCAAUACGUUCCAACAAUGCCACCGAAUUCACCUCAGCAGAAUCAGCCAUACCCUAAUAGCGUACCAAAUCAGUAUCCUCAAAGCCCGUAUCAACCAAACCAGUAUCCCAAUCAACCCAACGCCUACAACCAAACGCAGUACCAACCUGCUAGCUCGCCUCAGCUGGAUCCUGGGUACACCGGAUAUCAGCAGCAACAGACGCCGGCUAGAUCGCAAGGAUUCCAAAACAUGCAACCUUAUCUGAACCAACAGAUCUUGUAUCCGCAACCCCCGGUUAUGUACGGUCCAAUGACAUUCGCCCAAAUGAAUCAAUACGAAGCGCAGCUUUAUGGUGCGAAUCAGGUGCCGAAUCAGUACGGACCGAGUCCGAUGAAUCAAUACAAUCCGCAGUCGAUGUUAGCCCAGCAGCAACAAGAACAGCCGUCGCAGCAAACGCAAUCUAUGCAGCAGUAUCCUGAUGGGAUUACAGACAUUCAAAGGCCACCGAGUUCGGCGAGUAUACGAAGGAACAGCAGGGUCUUAAGUCCGCAGGAUAGACCGGGCACUAUCGGUCAAACGUUGAACGACAGGCUCGAUCAUUACAAGAGGCCACCUAGUCGCGAUAGUUCCGUAGAUCGAUAUGCCAGAGCGCAUUCCCGAUUAACAGGAUCAAGACAGCCGUCCGUCGACAAAAUCGUGACGAAUACAUCCACGGAUCUAAUCGACAGAUCGACGAGGGCUCCCAGUGUUAUUCGAUCCGGCACGCCAUUGAACGGCUCGGUGGUAGGAAGUGGUACGGCGACACCAACUUAUGCGGCAUCGACUUCCGGGCAAUUUGAAGGAGCACUUUUAAAGAACCGCAACCUUGGUCAAGACAUCCUCCCAAGUCCUGGGCAACCGAAACGAACCGAGAGUCUCUAUGUUACGCCCGCGCGUAAUUCAAACGUUCCCGGUGGUGGCGGAGGUGGCGGAGGUGUCGCAGGAGGCGGUGCAUCGAAAGACGCAAGCCGGACGGUCCCCGCCUUCGCCGAAGCGUCAAAGAGCCGCGCAACCCUAUGAGUAUAAGUAUUUAUAUUAAUCUGUAGGUAUACACAAUACUACAGAUAUGAUUUAUACGAAGGCACGAAGAAGCUUUCGACCUUUGUCGUCGUUGUUAUGCGUUCUUGCGAACGAAUCUCGAACGAUCGGUUCGAAAGAGAACCGUAAUAUCGUGAUAACUAUCCAUCCAUUUCUUACACAUCUUUAUUUUGAAAGCUUGUCCAAUAUAAUUGUAAUGUAUAUCCACAUGUUCCUUUUUUAUGCGAACUAUCAUAGUUCACAUUGAACACCAUACGCGUAAAGUAUACGUAUAUUCAUCGAUAAAAAAAAAGUGAGCUUGAUUCGUUCGGUGUCUCAUUGUAAUCACGGUUUUGAUGGAAAACACACCUUCGUUCUGUAGUUCGUCAAGGACGAAAGAAAAAAGGAAGGAGAAAAACAAUAAUCUUGAGUUCGAUAAUUAUAUAAAGAUCGAUAUAUAUAUAUAUAUAUGAUAAUUAUAUGAAGGAUCGAAAAAAGGAUCGGCCACCAAUCGAUCGCUCGAUCUAUCAGAAGACUCUUCGAACGGAAGAUCUUUCUGAUAAUGCUUUAGAUUAGAUGUUUUUAACGGAUUGCUUAUACGGCUGUUUUUAGACCGAGGCCUUAGCUAAGGGAACUUUCUCGCAAUAUUCUGAUUAACGAGAGGUCAUUAUGGUGGAAAAAGAGAACGCACGUACCUGUUUGUAGUUCGUUAUUAGUCAUUUAUCUUAUGAAAGAAGAGAAACAAGGAGAGAAGGCAAAAAAUCGCGUAUUUCGCGGCAUGAAAGAACAAUUCAUUCAUUUCGGUCAAAGAGAAUAUUUUCGCAGAAGGUGUUUGUGUGUACGCCUUUUAAUGCCUUCUUAUCCAAAAACAGACAUAUUUUUCUAUUAACGAUAACGAGAAUAUCCGAUUGAUCUAGACGAUCGAUGGCUAUAUCACUUUCGUUGUAGGUUACGAUUAAAUCGCAAGAGUAACAAAGACAAAAAGAGUAUCUAUGUAUUUUACUCUCUACGAUGAGAUUACUGAGAAUUAAAGUGUUUAUAUAUACAUAUAUAUAUAUAUAUAUAU